UCCUUCUCUCUUAACCCCCUCCCCCACCCUCGUGAUCCUACGAGUUCCUCUGUUUGCAUCAUUGUACUCACCUUCCCCAACCAACACCGGGGCCAAUAUGGGCUUCACCUUUCAUUGGUUAUCGGUUGCCGACCUUGAUUUGUUCUUGCUUUUAUCUACCUCCAGUUUCCUCCCAUUUACUUUCAGUCUGAAAAAGGGUUCUGACUGGAAACGUCACCCAUCCUUUUACUCCAGCAAUGCUGCCUGACCCGCUGAGUUACUUUUGUAAACCAGCAUCUGCAGUUCCUGGUGUGUCUAACUUUCACCAUAUGCAUAUUACUCCCUCCCCACUACCAUGUCAACCCCUAAUCCCCGUAAUUCCAGGGCGUAAUUGCGAACAGGGGACAAAGUCCCCGGAGAAGGCUGAAUCAAUGGAGGCUUCUUUACCCACAAUCCUCCCGCGCCUGGAAUAUGUUCUAUGCCCGCCGUGCUAACGCCGCGCAUGCGUCGCCUUGGGGUCUGCAAUGCAUCCUGGACUAGGCUGGAGGACAAUGCCGGAGGACUGGAGCCCGGGGUCCCGGCAGCGGCGUCUCCUGCAACCGGGGUUUGGAGCCCGGGGUCCCGGCAGCGGCGUCUCCUGCAACCGGGGUUUGGAGCCCGGAGUCCCGGCAGCUGCGCUUCCUGCAACCGGGGUUUGGAGCCCGGGAUCCCGGCAGCGGCGUCUCCUGCAACCGGGUAAUCGCUCUGCAGCUCCUGGGUGUAGAUUUAACCCAUACAUUAUCCUCAACCGAACUGUCGGGAGUCUCCAUCAGGCCGAGGAAGUUCCCCGAUUAACCUCCCGAUCAGAGCUCUCGCCUCGAACCCGUCCCCAUAUUCUGACUGCGGCAAAGUUCAACGGAUCGAGCGAUUUAAUGAAACACCAACGGGUCCACUCCGAGGAGAGGCCGUUCACCUGCCCCCAAUGCGGGAAGGGCUUCGCUCAGUCCUCCUCCACGUUGAAACACCAGCGUGUUCACGCUGGGCUCAGAGGUUAAGUUUGUUGGAUGUGGACAAUUUACACACCACUCGUUUUCGCACCAGGCUACACUAAAGCAGAACUGAGCUUGGUUAUUGUUCUAAAGUU